CGUCGUGGCGGUGGGAGCUCUCCCGGGAAAGGGGGUUCGCCAGGGGUGCUUCCAACCGCAGCCUCCGCGUUUUCCUUGGGAUUUGCGGUUGGGUGUCCUUCCCGUUUCCAGAGGGCUUUCUAAAACGCCGGGUAGUCGCGGCUUGAUGCGAAGCACCGCGCCUUGUUUGGGUUCUGUUGGCGAGAAGUCGCGCUGGAAAGGCGGCUUCGAGAGCUUCCCCUGCCCUGCAGGGACCGCGAAGGUUCCGCUGCUCAGGGCAUGGACCGCAGCAGUGGGAGGGAGCUACACUUCACGCAGGGUAGUAGGUUGGGCAGUCCGAUGCGUUUCUGAUCUCCUGGUUUCUUCACGUAACCCGGUGUUUCAUUUUGAACCUAGAUCAUCUCCCUAAAUGCCUGGCAAGAAAAUGCUGUCUUUUUAACUGCAGAAGAACAAGGCUUUGUCUUCCUGUAAUUCUGAAGUGAAAGUUGUCAUCAACGAGAAAACUAAAACCUUUAAAAGAUAGGCGUUAGUAGUAGAAUGCUGAAACAAACUGCUGGAUUAGCUUCAUUGGCUUUCCUGCUUCUUUUGCAUCCCAAAGCAUAAGCUUAAAUCGUCUCAGAAGGACAAGGUCCGCCAGUUUAUGGCAUUUACCCAGGCUGGUGAAAGGACUGCUAUAUACUGCUUAAUGCAGAAUGAGUGGAAACUAGAAGUGGCAACAGACAACUACUUCCAGAACCCAGACUUGUACUACAAAGAAUCCAUGAAAAAUUCAGUAGACAGGAAGAAAUUAGAACAACUGUAUAAUCGAUACAAAGACCCACAAGAUGAAAAUAAAAUUGGCAUUGAUGGGAUUCAGCAGUUCUGUGAUGAUUUAAACCUGGACCCAGCCAGUAUCAGUGUUCUGGUUGUAGCAUGGAAGUUCAGGGCAGCUACUCAAUGUGAAUUCAGUAAAAAGGAAUUUGUUGAUGGCAUGACAGACUUGGGGUGUGACACCACAGAAAAACUAAAAGCUCUAUUACCAAGACUGGAACAAGAGCUAAAGGAUCCAACAAAGUUCAAAGAUUUUUAUCAGUUUACUUUUAACUUUGCUAAAAACCCUGGACAAAAAGGUUUAGAUCUAGAAAUGGCAAUUGCAUAUUGGAAUUUAGUUUUGUCAGGAAGGUUUAAAUUUCUUGAUCUUUGGAAUAAAUUUUUGUUGGAACAUCAUAAAAGAUCAAUUCCAAAAGAUACUUGGAAUCUUUUGUUAGACUUUGGAAAUAUGAUUGCAGAUGAUAUGUCCAACUAUGAUGAAGAAGGAGCGUGGCCUGUUCUUAUAGAUGAUUUUGUGGAAUAUGCACGACCAGUAGUCACAGGAGGAAAACGUAAAACUUCCUAACCCCAGACUUGUCAACAUGGACUAAAGGUGCACUCUGAACUGCAUUAGGUAAUGAAGAUUUGUUGACAGAUAGCUGCACAUCGUUGCUGGUUUCAGUGGCUGUGAGGAGUUUCUACACACAAAACUGAAGUUCUUCCUUUCAGCCUAAAGAAAAUGGUGGCUGACUUGUGGACACUUCAAGAACAAACUCAGUCCAGGCUGUUUGUAGGCUACUGGCUUCAAUUGUUAUACUGAUUGUAUCAUAUAGGAUGUAGAUUUUGCAUGUUUUUAUACUCUGGGGAAGUUUAACUAGAGGCCAUUUUAUUAAAGUUUUGACAGCACAGCAUGCCAUUCAGUUCAUGAUCCAAAGUGAACACCAGCAGUUACAUAAAUAAAACUGUAUUAUAUUGUACUUAUAUUAAAAGCAGUAUUUGUGGUAUAUAAAUUAAAUCCCUAAAUAAAACUUAUGAGCUAUGUUGUAUUUUUAUAAGA